UCCUCCUCCGGCGGCCAUCGACCAAACUUCAAAGCGGGGAUUCGGUGUUUUAUCAGAUCUACGUCUUUGUGUCGAAAUGUGAACUUUUCUGAAGCUGGAACUUUACGGGAUGAAGAGCUCCGUGUUUUAAUCGCGGUACCACAGGAUCUCUUCUGUUUGUUGAAGUGGUGAGUUUUUUACUUGAGUCAUGGCUCGCGGCUGCAUCUGCUGUGUUAAAUACAUGCUCUUCCUCUUCAACCUGCUCUUCUGGUUGGGUGGGUGUGGCUUGUUGGGCGUUGGUGUGUGGCUGUCGGUGUCCCAGGGAAACUUUGCCACGCUGUCGCCUUCCUUCCCAUCACUGUCGGCCGCCAACCUAAUCAUCAUCCUUGGAACUGUUGUCAUGGUGACGGGUUUUCUAGGCUGCCUGGGUGCUAUUAAGGAGAACAAGUGCUUGUUGCUGAGUUUUUUUAUCGUUCUCUUGAUCAUCCUCUUGGCUGAACUGAUUCUCCUCAUCCUCUUCUUUCUCUACACUGACAAGGUGAGUGAUAACGCCCGGCAGGACCUGAAAGAGGGGCUGGUGCUGUACAAGACAGACAACAACGCUGGACUGAGGGAUGCCUGGAAUGUGAUACAGGGAGAGUGGCAUUGUUGCGGCGUGAUGAGCUACACCGACUGGCACGUUGCCCUGCAGGAGAACGUGGUUCCUGACCGCUGUUGCCAGGAGGUUUCACAGGGCUGCGGGCGCAACGCAUCUGGUGCCUUCUGGACACGGGGCUGCUAUGAGAAAGUGGAGGAGUGGCUGGAUGACAACAAACAUCUUCUAGGAACCAUCGCUAUGUGUGUGUUGGUCAUUCAGCUCCUUGGUAUGGCGUUCUCCAUGACGCUCUACCAACAAAUCCACCGAGCGGGGAAGAAGUACGAAGCCUGAGGGGAUUCAUUUAAAGUCAAGUA